CUUGAACUACAUACUGAGCAAACAUGAGUGCAGUUGAUUUGACAUCCAUCCUCGAUUUCCUGGAAACAGCCAACUUGACGGAGAUCAACUGGACAUGCAACAACAGUGACUGCAUCACGGUUGAUGCGACAACAUGCCCUGGCACACUCAACAAAAGUGCCCUGCUCUACACCCUCUCCUUCUUCUACAUUUUCAUCUUUGUCAUAGGGCUGGUGGCCAACUCGGUUGUGGUGUGGGUCAACCUCCAGGCCAAAAUGACUGGCUAUGAAACUCACCUCUACAUCUUCAAUUUGGCUAUUGCUGAUCUCUGUGUUGUCAUUACCCUUCCAGUGUGGGUCGUCUCGCUCAUCCAGCACAACCAGUGGCACAUGGGAGAAAUCACGUGCAAGAUAACUCACCUUAUAUUUUCCAUCAACUUGUACAGCAGCAUCUUCUUCCUGGCUUGCAUGAGUGUGGACCGCUACCUCUCGGUUGCCUAUUUCACCAAUUCCAGCAGUCGCAAGAAGAAGAUAAUCCGUCGCUGUAUCUGUGUCUUAGUGUGGCUCCUUGCCUUCUCCGCAUCUCUCCCGGACACCUAUUACCUCAAGACGGUCUCUUCCAGCAAUGAAACCUAUUGCCGUCCUGUUUAUCCGGAAGAGAGCUUCAAGGAGUGGUUGAUUGGCAUGGAGCUUAUCUCUGUCGUGCUGGGCUUUCUUAUCCCUUUUCCCAUCAUUGCUGUCUUUUAUUUCCUUCUUGCCAAGACCAUCUCCGCCUCCAGUGACCAAGAGCGGAAGAGCAAUGGGAAGAUCAUCUUCUCCUAUGUCGUCGUGUUUCUUGUCUGCUGGCUGCCCUACCAUGUAGAUGUCCUGCUUGACAUCUUCUACAGCCUUCAUUUCAUACCCUUCAGCUGUCAGAUGGAGAACUUCUUGUACGCCACUCUCCACAUCACUCAGUGCUUCUCUCUAGUCCAUUGCUGUGUCAACCCCAUCCUGUACAGCUUCAUUAACCGCAACUACAGAUAUGAGCUCAUGAAAGCCUUUAUUUUCAAGUACUCAGCCAAAACUGGUCUUACUAAACUUAUCGACGCUUCCAGGGUGUCAGAAGCAGAAUACUCUGCUCUGGAGCAAAAUGCCAAAUGA